ACGAUCCUGUCUGAUUUUUAUAACUCAUCUCAUUGACAUCGGCUCGUGUCAUAUUUUGCAAAACUUGUCAAAAUGAUUAAGCAUCCGCUUAGAUAGAUAUUAACAAAAUUUUAAAGGUAAAAAGAAAACAAAUAUUUCUAGAAAAUUUCAUAUCUUUUCGUCAUAAAUAAAUAAAUGAAAAAAAAAGAAAACGCAUGCUCUUUGUAAUUUGCGUUAUAUCAAAAAUACAACAAAUAGUGAUCCCAGAUGGUCACCGGAAUUAUAUCCGCACGUUUGCAAAAGUAUCAGUAUAUAUUUAAACAUGAGACGGAAGCAAGAGAAUGACCAAUCGUGAUAUUGUGGUAACGUAAUAGUUAGAAUGUUGUCUGUCAUUCUACAAAUCUCAUGUCGCACCUGAAUCAAACCUCAUCCGAAGAAUCCAUACUGCUAACCCGGGGUUACAAACUGGUGAGAAAGCUCGGCGAAGGUUGUUACGCAAAAGUGUAUUUGGCCGAUUUUAAACAGGACGAGACAAAUCGAAAUAACUCUCUGGCUUGCAAAAUCAUCGACACCGCGAGUGCGCCGAAGGAAUUCGUCAAGCGGUUUCUGCCACGCGAAUUGGACAUUUUAGUUAAGCUAAAUCAUCCGCACAUCGUUCAUGUGCAUAGCAUUUUUCAACGACGCAGCAAGUACUUCAUAUUCAUGCGCUUCGCCGAGAACGGCGAUCUUCUCGAGUUUAUAACGAGAAACGGCGCGGUGUCGGAGAGUCAGGCCCGCGUGUGGUUCCGUCAGCUCGCUCUAGGUUUGCAAUAUCUACACGAAAUGGAAAUAGCGCAUCGCGAUGUCAAGUGUGAAAACGUUCUUUUGACGUCUAACUACAAUGUAAAACUGGCGGACUUCGGCUUCGCCCGUUAUAUGAUCGAUAGUCGCGGUAAACGUGUUAUGAGCGACACGUAUUGCGGUUCGCUGUCGUACGCGGCACCGGAAAUUCUUCGCGGUCAUCCGUACAAUCCGAAGAUAUCUGACAUAUGGUCGUUGGGCGUAGUUCUCUAUAUAUUGUUGAACAAAGCUAUGCCGUUCGACGAGAGCAACUUAAAACGCCUGUACGAGUUGCAGUUAGCGCGCAAAUGGAGAUUCCGCAGUAAAGUGGUGAACAAUUUGAGCGAACACGUGAAGAAACUCGCGAGCAGCAUGCUCGAACCGGAUGUGCAUAGACGCUGGCGAUUGGAUCAGAUAGUGCAGAGCGAAUGGAUCGCUAUGGAUCCGCGUCUUCUGAUGCUCACGCCUCCGGAGCAGACCGCGUUGAACAACGCGAUCGAGGAGCGAAAGAAGCACGAAGAGAAAAUAAUCGCGAAGCGGGAGCCCGUACAAAUGGAAAGCGCUAAACGGCUCGAGAGCGAGAAGAAAGAAAAUCGCAAUAUCGUGAAAGACAAAACGCAAAAGUCAGAAGUAACAGUUCUUAAAGACGUCGGACAAAUGACAGUGUCGACCACUAUGACAAUCGGAGGUCAGCUUCAAAAUAACGCUCUUCCGGCUACGUAAUUUUAUUCUUUUUUCUCACCUAAUACAAAUCUAAAGAAUCUUAGAAAUAAGUUUUGAUCCACACAUUUGUGCAUUUCAAUAUAUACAUAUAUAUAUUUUCUACAGUUAAUUAUAUAACAUGACAUACAAUUAAUACACGCACGUAUUUAAAUUUUUCUUUCGCAGCUUUUUUGUUUAGCGAGCGAAAAUAAAAUACAAAUAUACUACAUUUACAAUGUACACAUAUAGACAUUUAUAGAAGAUUAUUUGCGGGGCUUGGUGAUAAAAAAAAAAAAAA